AUGCGGGUGCCACCCCAGAAUAGUUCCGUGCGAGAAUCGAGCACCAGUUACUAUGCCCAGGGACGAGAGUUUUAUGACGAUCAAUACUCGGAUGGCAGUUCCGUGGCGUCCAUUGACCACACACUCAAUUUCAGUCAACCGAUUCCCCGUGAGAAUGAGGUGAAGAUCCUCCAAGGCGCCUACGACAGCUUGUGGGCCAAUAAAAAGUCCAACAAUACUAAAACUAGUAAGGAAGAAGAAUGGAGAAACGAAAUUCCUUCCAUGUGUUUGAUCGAAGGACGCAGUGGCGUUGGCAAAUCGACACUGUUUCAGCUCUUUGCAGACUCUGUCAAUCAAAGUCAAAGUCAAAAUGCCAGUCAUCACAAACCGUACAUACUGAGUGGCAAGUACCACGAGAUGAGUUCCGAUGAACCACUGAGUGCCAUUGUGGAGGCGUUCAAUGGACUGGCCGUGGCGCUCUUGGUACAGCAGCAAACAGAAAAUGCUAGUAGUGAUCAAGAAACCAAAAAGAGUGAAGUGGACGAACUCUUACAACGUGUCAUUACGAGAAUAGGAGGAAUGGAUGCUGCCGCUCGUUUGUGUUCGAUUGUCCCCAGUUUGGAGCCUCUCUUUGCCAACAUUGUCUACUCGGCACCCAGCGAAGGAUCCACUUCGGUAUCCUCCUCUCACCAUCAUACUACUACCAAUCCCAUGAUGAUCCAUUCCUUGAGUCGAGCUACUGCAAGCUUCAAUCCACUCAGUGGCGGUGGCAGCAGCGCCGAUGAAUUCAGUUCCACCGUCAGUGUGGCACAACGACGAUCUCGCAAAGAUGGUGCCAAUGCCUGGAAUCAAGUCAAAUACAUGUUUCGAGCAUUCACCACUGUACUAGCGAGACAACGACCCGUCAUUUUAUUCCUUGACGAUCUACAAUGGUGUGACAAACCCAGUGUCGAACUCUUACAAGACAUGCUGCUCGACCGACACUUGCGGUGUUUUUUCUUUGUCGGAGCCUACCGGAUUGGGGAUGACGAGGAUGGCGAUUCCAAUACUACGAAGAAUGCCGUCGGCAGUCACUGGAACUAUGUGCAAAGAGUCCUGCAAACAUCCAUUCCCAUUAUUCGGUUAAACAACCUAACCCAAGAUGGACUGUGCCAGUAUCUCAGACUGGUGCUAAGAAUGGAGGAAGAAGAGGAAGAUGACGAUCAAUCCACGCGAUUACAAGAACUGGCCCAAGCAUUGUAUCAGAGAACCAAUGGAAACAUAUUUUUUACUCGAAAUGUACUCGAGGAAUUAUACUCCAAACAACUCUUGACGUUCUCGCACAUGACAUUCACGUGGGAAUGGGAUCUCAACCAAAUUCCAUUAUUGGACAACGUCCUGGAUGCUGUGGCACAACGCAUUCAAUCACGAGCCGAAAAGUCACCCCUGCUGCGACGAAUACUCAUUCUAAUGGCUUAUGUAUCCAGGACAAAGGUCUCCCUCAAGCUGCUCCAGCAUCUCGUCAGCAAUAUUGAGACAGUCAACAACAGCAGCAAUAAUAACAACAAUGGCGCAGGCAUGAUUCAGGAUCUAGAAAUGAUCCAGGAACUGGACAAGGCCAUCCAUGAUGGAUUUUUGGUGCGGGAUGGCACAGGGGCCACGCAGUAUGGGUUUAGCCAUGACCGAAUCAAAGAGGCGGCUUUCAUUCUGAUACCAGAGGGAACUGAAAGGGAUGGCUUGCGCCGCAAAUUGGGCAUGUUGCUGUAUUCAGUCAGUCAAGAUCUUGCCCUGGGACAGGAUUGGAUGACGAUCGCUGCCGCAGAUCACAUGAAUGCCGCCACCAAAACGGUCAAGGAUGAGGAGGAAGCCAUUUUCCUCACCAAACUCAAUUUUGAAGCGGGAGAACGGUGUGUCUGGGUAGCAGCGUUUGACAGUGCGUCCAAAUACUUGGAACAGGCCACGAAACAUCUGCAGAACAAUACGCAACAGGGAGACCCCUGGACAUUCCACUACAGCCUGACGCUCGAGGUGUUCUCGUUGCGAGCCGAUGUGGAACUCGCCAGAGGCAACUGGGAUGUUGGCUUUAAAGUCUCCGAGGAGGUUUUGGACCGUGGCAGGACCAUUGAGGACAAACUGUCGACGCAAUUGUCGUAUUCCAAAGCCCUUGGCCGCCAAAAGAGCCACGAAGAGUCCUUUUUGUCCAGCAGUGGGACCCUACAGGCGAUGGGGCUCUACCCAAAAACACCGAUCGGGAUGAAAGUGGGCUUGGUGCGGGAUUUGAUGUACGUCCGACGCUUUGUCAAGGCUAAAACCGACGAAGAGAUUUUAACGAUGGCUCCGUCGACGGAUGUACAGCUUGGUCUCGCCAUAGAGCUCUUUGGGUGUGCCAUCAGACAGUGCGUGUACACGAACCGUCUUAUAGAUUUGGCUGCCCUGGUAUUUAAAGCUCUGUUCUUGUGUUUCCACCAUGGCCAAUUCCCACAAACUGGUCGCAUGUUCCUGGCGUACGCAUUCAUUUGCGACAAGACGGGAGACUAUGGGGGCGCCCGUCGAUUUGCCGACCUGGCCGUUGCAAUGGCCGCUCAAAGCCCCGAAAGGGGCCUGUAUGGCUGGGUCCUUUACUGCCGCACAGCCAUCUUUGACACUUGGAGCAAACCGCAGAAAGAAAUCGCAGAGCUGUUGGACGUUGCCUUCAAACGAUGCAUGGCGGGUGGUGACUAUGAAAGUGCCAUCAUCGGCCGCUCCUGCGCUCUGGAAUGUGACUUUUUGGCCGGGACGUCGUUGGUUUUGCUUGACAUUCGGUGUGCCGAUUUGGUGAAGCACUCGCAAAUGUAUGCCGAGGUGCUUGCGAGGCCGGUUGAAACUAUAUGGCUUCCAGUGCGUCACCUGCGUGGCACAAUCGAUUCUCCGCUUGAUUUUGACGCUCUCGCUGCGUUUGACGAAGGCGACGAAGACAAGGCGUUUCUUACGAUUUGCAUUACCUCCUAUUUGGCUAUUGGUGUGUAUUGGAGCAAUUAUGGUUUUGCAGAAAAAGUGUUGUUGAAAGCAUUUCCGCCUGCCGACAAGUCCUUCACAAGAAAAGUGCCACGAUUAUUCUUUGCGAAUAUAGCCUACAAUACACUUUAUCGCACUGAUGGAAACCGUGCUUAUCGCAAGCGUGGAAAAGAGGCUGCUUCAGAGUUGCGGAAGCUCAGCGAGGAAAGGGGAAUGAACAGCUGGCAUCGAGUCAUCAUUGGGGAUGCACACAUCAAGGGUUGUACGAGGAAGAAAACGCCCGGUGCUAAGGAUGUGUUGGCGGAGUAUGACAAGGGCAUCGAUGCAGCUCUCAAGUGCCACCACAAGCAUGACGCUGCUCUUGCGUCGCAAUUGGCAGCCGAGUACUUAAUCUGGAAGAUGCAAGGUGGGAGUCUAGAUGAUUCGCAUUCCACGUCAAUCACUAAGUAUUUGAGCGAUGCACGAGGGUGGUACCGCGAAUGGGGGGCGACCAACCUUGUCCGACACUUGGAAGAGACGUUUUCUGGGUACCUGAGAAGAGACAGAUGA